AUGGCAGAACAAGGAUUCCCAUGGACUGCUCCGCCGCGGGAUUUGCAGAAGGAAGAGCCGUUUCCAGGAAGCAAUAACCCGAGCACCUCGGAGACUUCACAGCAGGCGAUUGUCGGAGAUGCCGAGAACAGGAUCAGCACCACUGAUCAUCAGCCUCAACCCAGGAGAACCAGCAAUUCGCAAGGCAAACGCCGCAACGGCUCUGUCAAAGGCCCGCCCCGUGUAAUCCCAAACAUCCCUCACACUGCAACUGAUUCUUCGACGACCAGAGCCAUCCAGAAACCGGCCACGCCGCUCCCGGUCCGGACUAUCCCACCUUGGGUGCGAGAUGCCGAAGAAAGCGACCUUGACGACCCUCAGGUUCAGGCACUUGACUCUCCCGAUGCUGCCCUCGUCGCACAUCACAAUCACAGCCCGGCCACCAACACACAUGGCAGGCAUCCACGUCGCAACGGCCAUGUGACAAGUUCAGGACAUGUUCGACCCGAGCGAACGUCGAGAUGGGUUUCCUUUGCACGAGCAAGUGCAUAUCCGCGGGAGACAUUCGAUGGGGAAAAGGUGGACACUGAGUAUCUCAACGAACAUUUCACCGACUACUCCACGCCCUGGUUGGCUGGCCACGAGGACGACCCCGAAGAUGGGAGCAGCCGGUAUCGUGCGUUCCGUCGCAAGAGGAAGAUAUGGUACAAGCGGGCACAAUUUACCAUCCUACGCAACCCUUUUAUACCACUCGCUUUCAGGUUAACCAACUUUGUCUUUGCGUUCGUGGCACUGGGCUUGGGAACCUCAAUCUACCAUUCAACGAACCGAAUUGUGGAUUGCAUCGAUCAAAACCCACGAGACGAAUCCUGCCGGGAGCUCGUCGGCGAUUCCGCGACAAAUUACUAUCAAGAUCCUUCCGGGCUCAUGGCCCUGAUCGUCGAUGCCAUAGCGGUGGCUUACACUGUAUACAUCACCUACGAUGAGUACUUCUCCAAACCGCUCGGCCUACGACCGGCUCGAGCCAAGGUACGGCUGGUCCUCCUUGAUCUCUUCUUCGUCGUCUUUCAAUCAGCAAACCUUGCCCUGAGUUUUGAGUCCUUGGCCGUCGAUCAAGGCGCCUGCAAAGUCGGGGAAGUCCCAGAAACGUCGCCCAAAUUUGACUCCGUGUGCGACAAAGAAGUCGCGCUGAGUGCUGUUCUACUGGUGUCCUUGACAGCGUGGUUGAUGACCUUUUCCAUCAGCGUUUUAAGGUAUGUUUUCACGCAUGUUAAUGUGUAG